GACCUCUGCCGCUGACCGGCUCUGCCUCACUGAGCUGGACGUGCAGUUCAUGCUUCUGCACAUGUAUCAGGUCACGUUUGCCACGGAGGAGUCAGCAUGGACCCGAAAGCGGAACGCUGAUUUCCUGGCGUUGCAGCUCAAGGUGCAGCAG